ACUGGGUUGGAAGUAAUACGUGCAGCAGUUCACUAUCUAGGCCGGUUCCGAAAUAGGAACGGCUCCUACGUCAGAGAAAGGAAAGGAUUUUUGAGAAUUUUUGUCUUGAUCUCACACUUUGACCAACUUACAACCUGCUCACUAUAUAAUAACACAUCUUCGGGAACUUCUUUGUUUAGGACUGUUAGAGAGAGAGAGAGAGAAAAAAAGGAAACGAACAACAGAAACGAUGUCAGCGUCACAAAUUUUCAGGGCGGCCAACAGUGCCGUGAUCACCGGCGGUGCCUCUGGUAUCGGCCUUGCACUGACCAAGAAGUGUGCCGAGGCUGGUAUGAAAGUGCUCGCAGUGGACUGGAGCGAUGAAUACCUUGCUGCGCUAUCAGAGAGCAUCGCAAGUGACCAGGUCUCCACGGUCAAGGCGGACGUAUCCAAACCAGAGGACUGGGACACUAUCAAGCAGACGGUGGAAUCAAAACUAGGCGGCAAGAUCAACCUGCUCGCACUGAAUGCGGGGAUGGGCACACCCUCCAGCUGGGCCGAGCCCGAGGCCUUCCGCAAGACGAUGGACGUCAACUUCUUCGGCGUGGUCAAUGGGCUCGUGGCGCUGCUGCCGGCGGUCAAGAAGAGCGGCAGCGACGGUGGCAAGGCCGCGGUGGUGAUCACGGGGUCGAAGCAGGGCAUCACGAACCCGCCGGGCAACCCGGCGUACAACGCAAGCAAGGCGGCGGUCAAGAGCCUGGCCGAGGGGCUCGACUUUGACCUGCGCGGCGAGGCCGGCGUGUCGGUGCACCUGCUGGUUCCGGGCUGGACGCACACGUCCAUGACUUCAAAAGCCGGCGCGGAAAAGGCUCCCGGGGCGUGGCACCCGGAGCAGGUGGUGGACUUUUUGGUGGGCAAGAUGGACCAGGGCAGCUUCUACGUCAUUUGCCCGGAUAACGACGUCGACGAGGCUACCGACAAGAAGAGGAUGCUCUGGGCUGCUGGGGAUGUCGUUGAGGGUAGGCCGCCCCUGACAAGGUGGAGGGAUGAGUGGAAGGACAGGGCGAACGACUGGAUGAGCAAGCAAAACUUGUGAUUUGCCGUGCUGCAUAUAAUCAUUUGGUUGACAAAGGCACCUCUACUAGGGGUAACUGGCCUGAAGUAACCAAUUAGUAUACCUGUCUACGUAUCUAGGCUGGUCUUUGUUGAGAUAAAAAAAUCCGCCCCAAAAAAGACUAUAUUUUUGUAGUUGCACCAGCUCGACGAGGUGCAUGCUGGUGCAAUACUGUAGGGAGCGAUGAAUCUAGGGUCAGAGUGGUGUGGGGACCUUUUUACGGAUCGGUCCGUGCUGCUGGAAUUUUUCCUUUCCCAUGUUACAUACCUCUUUACGGCUCGCGCGCAGUACAUGCGGGCGCGAAUUUUACGUCCUUCA